AUGACACCGUGGAUGGAGAGAGGUAUAUGCAUACGAAGGAGUGGCGAAGGCGCUGUAUGCUACCAAACCCUCCUGAAAGUUCUCGACAACCUCAUCGAGCUGCGGAAAGCCGAGUAUGGCGGAGCUGCAGGAGUCUUAGCUCUACUUCCAACAAUCGGUGCGCUUCUUGGGGCACCUACAAACGAAGUCUGGACGCUUCUAACCAUAUUACCUUUUGGUGGAGCUCUCGCAAUGGCCCUUUCGUUCGGCGGUGCCAUUAUGCCAAUCCGUGUGGAGGAUUAUGAAAACGUCAUGAAGAAACGCAACAUUGCAAUCGGUAGCAUCGUCAGCUUCAGGUCGUCUUUCGGGGAAUCUAAUGGGUCUUCCUUCAGAGACAAACUAGAUCUGCUUGAUCAAAGGGUUAGUGAUCGGAUAGCACGAUCGAAGCGCAUGCGCCCGGGAAAAUGGUUCCUUUCCACCGGAUUUCUGGCCAUGGCAUUGCUAUUCGUGGGCUCCCAGGCUGCAAUGGUAGUAGUAGAGCAGGGUGGGGUGAUUCCAUGGUGGUGUGGCAGCCGCUGGUGGAUGCACUUGUGGUAUUUCAUGGGUAUGAUCUCUACCUUGGUACAGCCAUCCGAAACAAGAAUCGUGCUAAUUGUUCUCCUUCAACUAGUCACCCUGACGGCGAUAUCGGAGAACAUCGUACAGCUUCCGUUCCUCAAACAACACAAGCUCUACGUGUCGGGUGUUCCGUACGAGAUCGCUUUGAGCGGGGGCCAAUCUGUCCUCAACGGCUUACAAAGGGCUCAAAGUGAGCCUGAAAACGUCGGACUAGCCUUGAACCAGUUGUACACGAUGCCAGCCGCAAAAGUGUCGGUUUUGGGCUCGACACAAUUUACAGAGUCGCAAAAUGCUGUGCUUGUCAUGGUUUCUGUCGUUGGAAGUGAUUCACUAGCGUCCUUUUGGCGUCUAUUGAGCAAAUCCAUCAGUAUAGCCGUUUUCAUAACAGGCACAGCUAUGUUCGCCUCUGUCACACUCGUCUCCCUUCCCAUGACUGUUCUAGCCCUCACUCUUGUCCUUAGCGCAGGAGUUUUCGGCCGCGCCAUAGCUGGCUGGAUGGUUCGCCGAGUUGCAGAAGAGGAACCCAUGAUCCAUGUCAUCGUGUCGACGCUUGAGGAAGCACAUCAAUCAGUGUGCUGUAUACUAAAAUUGAAGCUAGAAGAUGGAUCGGAUGUCCAGGUAGAGAUUGAUGGUCAUAUCUUUGUCAAUGGAUGCAGAGUGGCAACUCGUUCACGGUGGUAUGUUAGCAUUCUUGGGGUUUUGGCUAAUCCAUACAACUUGCUCUUAGCCAACGAGAACCCCUAUGCCGCUAAUCAACCGCUCAUGGUAGAUGAUCUACCCAAGUAG